AUGUCCUUUUCCCAAUCCUCUGACGAUAUCCGUAUCGAAUUCGAAGACGACGCAACCGUCCUCUACGCCGUGGCCGCUGACGCUGAGGGCAACCCGUGUGACGCCCGGAUCGUUCUUGAUGACGAGAUCGGAAAUUCUGACGGCUGGUUCACCCGCUCCGAUAGCAGAUUUACUGAAUCGUCUCAGGAAAUCCGGCUAGAUUUCCGUGAGGAUGGCGUUUGGUUAGUUGGGCAUUUACCUUGUGCCGAUGGGAGCUACCGCGAGGACCAGGGGAUUAACCUAGACAAACAUAUUGGGAAUAACAACGGCGAGCUCAUUUGGAUUCCCAUUGACUGCGUGGAGGAAUAA